AAUCAGAUAUCAUCAAUUAUAUGCACGAUCGUAUAGUAUUGCUGCUCGAUCUGCUGCUCAAGGUCCGAAUCAUCGGCAGUGACUUUGUUGAAAGUUGGAAAUCCUUCGGAAACUCUCUUUUCCUUCAUUCAUUUUCUACAGAGAGUUUCCGAAUUCAUAGAAACGGUGAUCGAAAAAUGUCUCUGACGAGCGUUAAGAUGUCCGAAGAUGUUUGGUUUACUUGCCUCACUCAUGCAUUGUCCACGGAGACUGAAGAAAUCAUGGGACUUCUCCUUGGCGAUAUUGAGGGUGCAUUCAGAAAAUGGUAGUGUAACUGCACUAAUUUGGGGAGCAUCGCCUCAGACGCGGUCUGACAGAAGGAAGGACCGCGUGGAGACUCAUCCUGAACAAUUGGCUGCUGCAUCAGCCCAGGCUGAGAGAAUGACAGCAAUGACUGGGAGAACAACAAGAGUUAUUGGGUGGUACCAUUCACAUCCUCAUAUUACAGUGCUUCCUUCACAUGUUGAUGUUCGAACUCAGGGGACAUAUCAGCUCCUUGAUUCUGGGUUUAUUGGGCUGAUAUUUUCCUGCUUUAGUGAAGAUGCAAAUAAGGUUGGAAGAAUUCAAGUUAUUGCUUUUCAGUCCUCGGAUGGGAAGCAAAAUCACCAAUCAAGACCUAUUUCUUUGUCUCCUGUAUAUCGAAAUUCAGUGAUUGAUGUUGAAUCUUCAUUGAGUUCCUCUGAAAACGUAUCAGCAAAUGUGGGCUAUGGACCAAGGGAGAGUCCUGAACAGGAUACUGGUGAUUCAAUGAUUGCCGGAACUCUUAAGGGAACUGGACGAUCUUCGGAGUUGGGUUAUUUCUUUGCUAAUGCCGACACCAACUAUCAAGGAAAAGAGAAAAUCGGAGGAAGCUAUCUUACUAAGAAUGCAAACAGCGGAAUUACUGAUAUCGAUCCAAUGGACUUGUCUGAAAGUAUGCAAGAAGCAAUGCACCGCUCAAAUAUUGAAAUGAGUGCUGCCACAUUCUCAAGGAAGGAGAUUCCUCUUCAUGUUAUGCCAACUGCCUCGCUCAUAAAGCUUGAUUCACCAUUAAUGUCUUUUACAGAUUUACAGCAGGUUCUGUUUGAAGAGGAGAGAUCAGCUUAUAACCAAGCCGUCUCGUAUAAUAUGAAGGAUGGGAAAGUGCAUCCGCUGACAUUCAUACAUCACACAUCAACAUAUCAGGCUUCAAUGUGCAAGUUGAUUGAAUAUUGUGUUAGUCCCGUCAUAAGUGCGCUUCAGGACCGCGCAAAAGAGAAUGAAAUUCGGUUAGCUUUGCUGGCUGAGGAAGCCAGGAAUUUGGAAGUUGAGGCUGCAAAAGCAAACGAGUCAGUCCCAGGAUCACCUCACCAAGUUCAUGGAUCUCGAGCAAGUGCUUCGACAACACCCAGGGACUUAUAUCCUUCAACUGCAUCUGUUGGUGCACGAAGUGCAGGAAGCUCUAUUCACCAGAGUAGAAAGGGGUUGUGAUGAUUCUUGCACCAACAACUUGUUUUCCGAAUUCCCGAAAGCCCGUAUUAUAGCAUUUGGGUGCUUUUGUGUGCAUAAAAACGAUCCGAAGUAUAGAAGAGAGGUCAAAUGGCAUUCAUUCAAGGUACCAAAAUUUCAUCUUCUUGAUAAUAGAUACUGUCUAAAAAUGGGUUUUGAUCGGGUAGUAGAAGCAUGCUGUUGAAUCCACUUAUAUCAGUAUGGAUAAGUUGCAAAUUAACAGCAGUCUAGAUGUGUAUGCUUUCUGAUGACCAAAACGAAGUUUCAGCAGCAAUGCAAGAAAAUUCAUUAAAGUGGUCUCUUUUUUUGCUUA